AUGACGUAUAAUUUAUGCGCGACUCAUAGUAGCGCAUAUGAAACGUUCUGCCAACUUAGAUAAGUUUUAUUAAGGGCAGAUAGUUUUAAACAGUUUAAAAUAUUUAUUUACCAGGGUUGAUGUUUCCUUAAAAAUAUAUAUUUUUUCUCCUGAGAGGGACGGCUGUCGUUUCAAAUGUAAGGCAGGACAAUGCAUGGUAGAAAAGUCUACAUGCCCACCAUUUAAAGGUUCCACCUUUGCUAUAAUGGCGUCGAAUAAGUUACUUGCAGAGAGAGAUAAAAUCCAGGAGGAGAUCUUGGCUCUCGAGAACUCUCUGCUCGCAGAUAAUAAUAACAUCACAGACGUACUCCAAUCGGACAGCGGUAGUGAUGAUGAAUCUGAUGGCAGUGGACCUGCAGUUGUCGGAGUGGAACUUGAUGACCUUGUGGCUGCACGCCAUCGGAUUCAGAGGGAGAUAGAGGAAAUAGAGAAUACACUUGGUGUGAACGCAGAACUUGUUGACAUCUUGACAGAGAGUGAACAGGACAGUGAUUCUAGUAAUGAGGACAGCGAUAAUGUUGAGUUGGAUCUUCCUCAAAAUGUUGAGACUUGCCUACAAAUGAAUUUGGUCUAUCAGGAGGUGCUUAAAGAAAAACUAGAUGAGCUUGAGAAGCUCCUGAGGGAAAAUCGGGAGCAACAGAAAGAGAUUGAGGAUCAGUUCUCUGGUCCAUCUACAUCUUGCUCCUCCUCACAAGGACUCUCUUCUCAGAAGCUUUUUCUUGGAUACUUCAUGAAGCCUUAUUUCAAAGACAAACUCACUAGUCUGGGUCCUCCAGCAAAUGAAGAAACCAAAGAGAGGAUGAGUCAUGGCACCAGGUCCAUUGAUGAGCUAAAAAUAAAAAGAUGGGAGGUGUGGCAGAAAGCUUUACUGACCAAUGCAGUAGCUGCAGAUACUCUAAAACGGAUGCUGCAGCCCAAACUUUCCAAGUUAGAUUAUCUGAAUAGCAAGAUGUCUAAAGCUGAAGAUGAGGAAAAGGAGGUGCUGAAAAAACAAAUGCAUUUGAUUGAUAAAGAUAUUGCAGAUAUUAGUGCAAUGAGAGAAGAACAGCUGUCAGGUGGUCGCAACGACGACCACGAUUGGGAGAAAAUAUCGAACAUUGAUUUUGAAGGUUUGCGGCAUGCUGACGAUUUAAAAAGAUUCUGGCAAAACUAUUUGCACCCCUGCAUUAACAAGACAGUAUGGAAGCAGGAGGAAAUUGAUGAACUGAGAAAAAUUGUACAAGAGUACAACUGUUGUCAUUGGAACAGAAUAGCUGAAGCUCUUGGGACCAACAGAACAGCUUUCAUGUGCUUCCAGACUUAUCAGCGCUACAUUUCAAAGACCUUCAGAAGGAAAGAGUGGACUAAGGAAGAAGACCAGAUCCUUAGAGAUCUUGUUGGAAAAAUGAGAAUUGGCAACUUUAUCCCUUACAUGCAGAUGUCAUUUUUCAUGGUGGGUCGUGAUUCAUCACAGCUGACAUAUCGCUGGACAUCUGUUCUCGAUCCCUCUAUAAAGAAAGGCCCUUGGUCCAAGGAGGAAGACCAGUUGUUACGAAAUGCGGUUGCGAAGUAUGGCAUGAAAGAGUGGGGAAAAAUCAGAGUGGAAGUGCCGGGCAGGACAGAUGGCGCUUGUCGUGACAGAUAUCUAGAUUGUCUUCGAGAGAAUGUGAAAAAGGGUCCUUGGAGCCCAGAGGAGGUGGAACUUCUAAAACAAAAAGUUGAGAAAUAUGGUGUUGGCAAGUGGACUAAAAUUGCUUCAGAGAUUCCAAACCGUGUUGACUGCCAGUGCCUUAACAAGUGGAAGCAAUUGAACCUAGCUGCUCUAGGUAAAAAGAGAGUAAGACAACCAAAAACAGUUCAACAAAAAGCAAAGAGACGAAAGGUAAUCCAUCAUAAAAUUAAACCGAAGAUUGAAGUCACUUCCAGCUCAGAGGAUGAAACGCAAAGAAAAAUUGAAUACAUGGAUAGUGAUGCUGAACCGGAGGUGCCUUCAGAUGAAGAUAUGCCACAGGAAACACUUUACAAGGGCUACAUACAGCCAGACAUGAAGGAAUGGAUUCUUGCAAAUGCAACAUCCCUGGUUUGUCAGGCAGGAACUGUCAGAACUAUGUGGGUCAAUUUUUCCAUCAAUGAAGAUGAUCCAAGGGGAUCUAACAGUGGUCACAAUUUAUCUGAGAACAGUAUCUGUCCUCCAACGACGUCGAGUCCAGUCCGAAGCACCAUCCUAGACUGUUUUGGAAACCUAAAGAGGAUUCAUGUGGGUCUAGAUACUACAGUCUUGCUGAACCAGGCUGGCAAUGAAAAUGCCAUGAUAAAGGUGCCUGUGAGUGAUGUUAAACACUUAAUUCAGUGGAAAGGAGCCUCUGUAAUGAAAAAGGACAAAAGGAAAUCUCCAGAAGAGAAAAGAAAAAGAAGGCAGGUACGGGAUGGGUCGAGGCAUAACUAUGAACUCCUUAGUGCAAUCACCCCGUGGAUUGGUAACGUGAUACUACCUGUGCCAGCAAAUAAUAAGAUCACAUAUGAAGCUGAUACCAUUGGAAUUAAAGGGUCAACAAUCUCUCUCCCGAAGACACUAGUGUUUUCAUUCUUUAUCAAAGCUCUACACAUUGAUGCUGAAGGUUGCAAGAAUGUCAUUAAAGCUCGUGAAAAGAGAAGACCCAGGAUGUCAAGUACUGAAUUGAAACCAAAAACAGUUCUUCCUAAAACAGUGUUAGCGGCACUUCAUGAGAAGAGAAGUUUGAAAAGUGGGAUUGAGGAACCUGCAGAACUUCUUCAACAUCCAUUACCAUCGCAGCCUGUUCACCCUCAGGGGAUGAUUACACCUGCUUUGAUUCAUCCCAACACUCUUGUUUUUAUGCAGCCAAACAUACAAGGGCCAGUGCAGCCUUUUCUGCUUAAUGGACAGAAAAUAUCUCUACCACCACAAGCUAUUCCUCUUCCACUAAUUCAGUUGACAGCACCGGUGCAACCUGUCACAACCUUAACAUCAAGCUCCAACUCACUAAGCACAGAGAGCUCAAAAAGUUUCAGAGAGGCUCAGCGUACUCGUAAACCCACGAAGAAAGCACAAGCGCUAAUGGAAGAAACAGAAGCUAAAAUUUCCAAAAGAAAGACACUAAAACAAAACUGGGUUCAACAGAGUUCUUGGGUACCUACUAUUACACAGCCAAUAAAUUGGAUUCGUACCCCUAGUGGGUUGAUACAGGUGACUGGAGUGCUCUCUGCUAAUAUUCCAGGCUACCAGAUGUUGAAAGUGCCAGAUGACUCCCCUGUAAUAAUCAGCACUCUUCAAGGUCCCUCAACCAAUCCAAGUCAAAACCCAUUAUCUACACCCUUUGUCACUGCUUCCUCUGUCUCAACAGAUCACCUAAUGCCGUCUUUCUCUAUAAACAGUACACCUGUACACAGGGGGGUGGAUAUCCAGACACCACUUUCUAAUAUCUUAGUAGAUAACAAAAGUAUGUCACCCCAAGCAUCUAUCAUAGUGCAGCAGAAAGAAUCAGUUGUAAGCACUGAAGUGAUCGGACCCACUUUCUGUACAAAGACCUUCUCAGAUGCUGCUGUAGCUCUGCCUUUUUCAUCCUCGUCUAUGGAAACCGUUUUAUGGCAACAUCAGUCUUGCUCUUCAAAACAUUCCAGUGUGUCUCCUGCUACCAACAACAUUUGUGGUGUGCCAUCGACCUCUGUCUCAAGUGUACCAACUUCGGUUAGUGGGCCACCAGAUGAGGUUUUUAUGGAGGAAGCUCAGAAUAUCUGUGUCCCUGAAACAGCUAUUCAAUCAGCUGUCAUGCAAAAGAAGCCAUCUGCUGAUAGACCUCUACACUGUGAAGCUCAAUCUGACCUUCCCUCUGACAGUUUGAGCUUUGAUAGUAGGUUAUUAUUUUCUGACCAUCAAUCUAAAGUUGAUGUCUGGAUUAAUGGGAAAGGUGGAGUUUCACUGCCACAUCUAGAGAUCACGUUGCCUUACCUCCCACCAUCUGCCUUUACUAUCAAAAAGCUAACUUCUUUGCUCAAGGCUAAACCCUCUCUGGUUACAGCCUCGGCUAAAAUCCUAUCCAAUGAACUGCAAAAUGGCCGAGGCGAAAAAGAACAAGUAGCUGCCACCCGCAAACUGGUUGCCGAAAGGUUUGCCACAAAUCCAGCAUACCUGCGAUUAAAAGCUCGUUUCUUGUCAUGCUUUACCUUUCCUGCCCUUUUAGCCACCAUAAAUCCAUCUGAGGAUUGUGGGGUGCAUGGGUUACCUUUGAGUAAAAACAAAGAUGAAGAUGCGGGCAAAAAUGCAGGAAGAAAGGAUCAGCCGCCAGCUCCAAGGACUGAGCUUAACACCAGUGAAAAAGCAUCGGCAGUGCAUUUCUCAGAGUUCCACACCAAAAAAAGCCAAAGUACAGUUAGAUAAGAUUCCUCACUUAUUCAGAUUUAUCGUCAGAGUAUUGGUUACAGUUAAUAUACGAUUUAUUUCUAUUAACACAUUUUUUUAAAUAUUGAAAUGUUGCGCAGAGAAACUGUUAAGCAAUCUCAUAUUCAAUGUUUUGAUGAGAACAUUCAAAAUAUGUUCUAGCUAACCUGAAGCUCAUAACCACUGUUAAAUUAUUCGUAAAUCAUUGUGUAUAUGAGUUAUUGUUUCUGUUAUUAUAAUUAGUGAUCAUUUUUUUAAUAAAAUGUUUUCUAGA